AUGUGGACGCCUAUGGGAAGAGCGGUGCCUGUAGGCGGUGCAAGAGCGGGUCUCUCUUUCGAGAAGGCUUGCGGGAGGGUACCGGCACUGCCGGAGAAUCCCUCCCCGUGUCCGCGGACACGGGCUGCCCCUCGUAUUCUGGGGGGGGGCAAAUUGCGCUCACAGGGCACUGUGCCUAUCUCCGAGGGCUUCGGCCCACAACCGACGACAACUGGCAUUCACAAUGGAUCUGAUUCAGCUUCACGAAUGGACAAAGAGGGGAGUAGCGACUACAGCGACGUGGAAUUGGUAGAGCCCGCAAGGCAUUCGUCAGCUGUCUCGCUGAAGUUCCGGAAGGGUCGCAAGCGGAGUCGCGACAAAAUCGAUGGUAGCGACGAUAUUAGGCAGCAGACAGCGAAGAGAGGAAGGUCUCGAGCGAUAAGCUCUAAGAUCAGCAAGCGAGGGCAGACCUCGGCCUCUGCUCUAUUACGUAGAGCGGAGGAUGAGGUCGCUGACUUAACGGCAUCAACCGAAGCCACGCGGUCAGCACUAUUGGCCGAUAGAGUGACAGUUGAAGAUGGCGCAACAACGGCCAUCCUCAGCAAGCAGGUGCUGAACUUCGUGGCAAGUAUCGAGAAGGUCUCCGCCAGGUCUAAAAACCUGAAAGGAGAGUUCAAGCGGGCCCUUAACGUGGCGGCUGUCGCCAUCAAAGAGGCAACAGAGGCUCUCGCUAAGCGCAGCAUCUCAGCCGAAACGCGAAAGCUGCAGGCGGACAAUGACCGUCUGCAGACUGAGCUUAAUGAGCUGCGAAAAGAAGUGACGGAGCUGAGGGCCAGCAUCAUCAGCACCAGCAAAAAUCAAGGGAUGGCCCCCGUACGAGCGCAUGCAACACUUGCACCCGGCGUGCAGAGACCCGACUUGGAUGAGAUGGAGAGCCUCUUCAUGCGAUGUGCAGGAGCCAUGAUAGACGCGCGAUUUGAGGGCAUCGAGGACAGACUGCUUCCACCGGUGCGGGUCCGCCCUCCACUAGCCGCUGACAGACGCCAGCAGGUGCAGACACCUCAAGUACCGGAGGCUGCAGCCGCCUCGUAUAGUGCGGCUACUCAGAAGGGACUAAAUGCCCCUUCCUCUCAAAUGGUGCGAGCGAAAGCGGGCAAAAAGAAGAAGAAGCGCAAAAAGGCAACACCAGCCUUAAGCACUCCGGGUGAGGCACCACGACCGGAAGUGGCGCCGAAAGACGGCUGGACUGUGGUCGGGGGGAAACGUGCCCAAAAGGCGAAGGGCAAUGCCCCAGCUCGGCAAGGGCAACCGGCGAAGGGACCCAUCCAGCCAUCCAAACCGAAGCUCCGUCCUCCGAGGUCUGCAGCGGUGGUCCUCACACUGCAGCCGGAAGCGGAUAAGGAGCUGACAUACGGCGCGGCUAUUGCCAGGGCCAAGGCAAGCAUUGACCUUUCCGUCCUUGGCAUACAGGCCGUUCGUUUUCGAAGGGCAGCUACCGGAGCCACAAUGGUAGAGGUGCCGGGAGCCGACAGUGGAGGUAAGGCCGACUCUCUCGCAGCAAAGCUCAAGGAGCUCUUCAAGGAGGAAGACAUCAGGGUGUCCAGACCCGUCAAGUGCACCGAGUUGCGCCUGACAGGUUUGGACGAUUCCAUAACGGCCGAUGAAAUUGCCACGGCAAUAUCCAGAACCGGAGGAUGCCCUGUGAAUCAAAUCAGGAUUGGACCCAUCCGGUGGGACCGAUCUGGUCUCGGCGCCGUGGUCGUGCGUUGCCCGGUAACCGCUGCCAAUAAAGUGGUAAGCGGACUAAAGGUUGGGUGGGCAAUGGUUCGUGUGAAGCUGUUGCCCCAGCGAGAAAUGCGGUGCUACCGCUGCCUAGAGCUAGGGCAUGUCCGGGAACGGUGUACCGCCAUAAAUGACCGUAGCACGCUGUGCUAUCGCUGUGGCCAAUCGGGGCACAAGGCGGCAGCCUGCUCUGCCGAGCCACACUGCGCUCUAUGUGCGGACGCAGGCAGGCAGGCUAAACAUAGACUGGGUAGCAGACAGUGCAAUCCCCCAGUGUCGAAACGAGACAGAGGACCACCUGCCGCUGGAACCAGAGCCCAGCCGCGGUAUGUCCGCCCACACUUAUCGGCUGAGGUGGUGGAAAUGGCCACUGAUUAA